GAUGAACCGAGGCACGGAAGGAGGCAACUCCCUGACAGGACUCGGGUCAAGGAGCAGCAGGCGGGUUUCCUACCUGGGAAAUGGGGCCGUGGGAGGGGCGAUGGCCCCCAGAGCAGAUACAGACCCUGGCCUUGAAGAGAGGCCCCAGGAUUCUCCUGCUGUUGACUUGUGGCCUCUCACUGGAUACAGAGAUUUGGGAAGUUUGCAUGACCAACUGCCCAACGCUCAUUGUCAUGGUGGGGCUGCCUGCCAGGGGCAAGACCUACAUCUCUAAGAAGCUGACUCGCUACCUGAACUGGAUUGGCGUGCCCACGCGGGAAUUCAACGUUGGCCAGUACCGCCGGGACAUGGUCAAGACGUACAAAUCUUUCGAGUUUUUCCUUCCAGACAACGAAGAGGGCCUGAAAAUCAGGAAGCCCUUCGUGGGGAUGAGCUCUGACAGGGAGGGGAGCUCAAGGCAAUGCAGAGGUACAGGCCUCAGUGGAUGGAGCAGAGUGGGAGUGGGACCACCUCCUGGUACCGUCUUGCAAAGCCAGAAGAAUCAGGCCUGGAACUGGGUUCUUUCCUCCCUUUGCCCCAGUAAAAGCCCCCUAAGGAUCUCUGGAGAAUACCUGGCAUGGAUCAGGCAGUGUGCCCUGGCAGCUCUCCGUGAUGUUCGGCGGUUUCUUAGUGAGGAGGGGGGACAUGUGGCGGUUUUUGAUGCAACAAAUACCACCCGAGAACGGAGAGCGACCAUCUUCAAUUUUGGGGAACAGAACGGCUACAAGACCUUUUUUGUUGAGUCCAUCUGUGUGGAUCCUGAGGUCAUAGCUGCCAACAUCGUGCAAGUGAAACUGGGCAGCCCUGACUAUGUCAACCGCGAUAGUGAUGAGGCCACGGAGGAUUUCAUGAGGCGCAUCGAGUGUUAUGAGAAUUCGUACGAGUCACUAGACGAGGACCUGGACAGGGAGCUGUCCUACAUCAAGAUCAUGGACGUGGGGCAGAGCUACGUGGUGAACCGCGUGGCUGACCACAUCCAGAGCCGCAUCGUGUAUUACCUCAUGAACAUCCAUGUGACGCCCCGCUCCAUCUACCUCUGCCGGCAUGGGGAGAGCGAGCUUAACCUCAAGGGCCGGAUUGGCGGGGACCCAGGACUGUCCCCCCGGGGCAGGGAGUUUGCCAGGAGUCUGGCCCAGUUCAUCAGUGAUCAGAACAUUAAGGACCUAAAGGUCUGGACAAGCCAAAUGAAGAGGACAAUCCAGACGGCUGAGGCCCUGGGUGUGCCUUACGAGCAGUGGAAAGUUCUCAACGAGAUUGAUGCGGGUGUCUGUGAGGAAAUGACCUAUGAGGAAAUUCAGGAUCAUUAUCCGCUGGAGUUUGCCUUGCGAGACCAGGACAAGUACCGGUACCGGUACCCCAAGGGGGAGUCCUACGAGGACCUGGUCCAGCGACUGGAGCCUGUCAUCAUGGAGCUGGAGCGUCAGGAGAAUGUUCUGGUCAUCUGCCACCAGGCGGUGAUGCGCUGCCUCCUGGCCUACUUCCUUGACAAGGCGGCAGAGCAGCUGCCCUACCUCAAGUGUCCACUGCACACAGUCCUGAAGCUGACCCCUGUGGCUUAUGGUUGUAAAGUGGAGUCCAUAUUCCUGAACGUGGCAGCUGUGAACACGCACCGCGACAGGCCUCAGGUAGUAGCAGGGUCACUGCCGGGGUGGUGGGCACGUGCUGGCGGUCCGGACACAGGCAGGUCGGGCUGAAUGAGCUUGAAUUCUGUCAGGAGGAGGCCGUGGCUGAGACAGAAGCUGGAGGCCUAUGAGAGGCAGGUGCAUCCAUGUCCCACAGUCCCAAGCUUCAUGAGCACCUUUUCCAGCUCGAGCACCUUUAAAAAGUAAAAGUGUCUUGCCUUGUUGGGGAAAAGGCCACACAGAUGCUGGGCAGGUCGUGGCGCUAGACAGAGACCUUGCUGCAGAAGGGCAGUUCUCCGUCCUGUGUUCCCUCAGUGUCUUAAGAUAGGAGUGUUGAUGUGGUGCUCAGAAUCACUUUGUGCUCAUGUGGGGUCCUUCUGCCAGGUUGGUUACCUUUCCCACUGAGGCCAAGGGCAGCAGGACCAUCUCUCCCAGACCCUAUUACCGUUUACUGCACCAUGAAAGCUCCUGGGGCCUCAGUUGUGCCUGCUGCCACACUCAGUGGGACAUGCUGGGCCUUGGGUCCCCGCCCCAAGUUAAGGUGUGUGGAUGUGCCCUACAUCCCAGGGCUGCUGCCCCUCAGCAGGACCAGUCACUGUGUAAGCCUCUUCCCCAUUUGCUCUGAGAGUCCGAUGCAGGCCCAGUCUGGCACAGAGAGGUCACAGGGAAGGUCUAUCCUAAUAGGCCCUUUGUGCUGAGGAAAGCCUGGAAGGCAUCGAGCCUCCAGCACUGACAGCGUGAUGCUGGUGGGCCCCACAAGCAUCAGCAGCCAGCAUGGCCGUGGUGUAGCUGGCAGGCACCCUGCCCACCUCGGGGUGGGUGCUUGUAAGAAGCUAGCUUCUGCUGGCCACUUGUUCCCGAAUGAUUCCCUUUAAGGUGAGCAGGAUCCCCAGGUCCUGGCCCAUCUUGGGGUCAGGUCAUGGUGGAAAAAAGGCUUUUGGGAAGUCUGACCCCCGUGAGAAUCAUACCUGUCUCUCCAAUUGCAGGAGCCAGUUCCCUGAACCUAGGGGUGUGGCCAUGGGGCCAUGUCUCUAUCCCCGCAGAUCUGGGCAUGUCACAUUGCUUAGGGUGGUGACAUCAGUGACCUGCUCCUAUGGGCUACCAGCAUCGGGGGGGUCAAUAGGACAGUUUUAUAGAGCUGAGAGGGAAGGUUCAGGCCCCUGUUCCUUAAGCCUGAGAUGCCCUGAGCUUAGCCAGUUGUGGACAGGACUGGGGGGUGCCAUCUGCACUAAGGGGGAGGCUUUAGGAGGUGCAGAGGGUCCUGUGCCCCACCUCUGAGGGGACAGACCAGGAGACGUCCACAGGCUGCUGGGGCCACAUCUGACAUGUGUCCACCAAUAAUAUAGAGCCAGGAGGAGGGCACUCCUGGGAGCUGAUGCCCUGUCCUGUCUCCAUGAUGAGGAGCGGUCCUCUAGCCCAGGUGUUCCUCCCCAUGUGACCUGGACCUGAAGCAGAAGGUGGGGACAGCCUUCUUCUGGGUAACGUCUGAUCUGCCUGCAAGGAACACACGGGAACUUAGGGCAUCCUCCACCCCCACCCGUGUUCUGGUGCUCGUCCACCUGCUACGUGUGGAGAGGCUCUUGACCCCUGGCUCUUGGGGAAGGUCAAGAUCUAAGUCCUGUGGCUGGGGCUCCUCAGGGUGUGGAUGUGAGGACGCAGCCACAGCAGCGAGCAAAGCAGAUGGUGGUAUCUGUCCUUAGCUCUAGGUGAGUGUCGUGUGUGUUUAUUUUUGUGCAGAAUGUUGACAUCUCUCGGCCUCCAGAGGAAGCCCUUGUCACUGUCCCUGCUCACCAGUGACUAUGUCUUGUCCACGGCACCCCCUGGGCCGUUGUUGAGCUCUUCGGACGAGGUCAUUCCAGGCCCUUCGUCUGUGUGACAGUCAUUGCACAGGAACCCCCUCAAAGCCAUGCGUGGUUGGUGGCGCCCAGAACCCCCGCCCCAGCCCACCUGUUUCCUUGUUGACAGCGACAGGGUUGUACGUGGUGCCCAACCUGCUGCUAAAAAUCACUCGCCCGACUGCCCACGCUGGUGUGUGAGAGUCCUCCCAGCACAUGACCCUUCUCUCUCACCGGCUGGGUGGGUUUUGUGAAGUGUCACACCCAAAAAUGUGAACUGAAAGCACUUGCUGUGAUCUUUCCACCCACCGAGGCGGAGCUGCCUGGGUAGACCUGGGGACACCUCCAAGGGCUCUGCGUCCCUCUCUAUGAUCACUUCCUGAUCCAGAGGCAAGGUCUUCGUGGGAUCCCUUGGGAUUUGCUGCUGCCUUUGUGAGUGAGAGAGCCUGCCCCCUCCUGCUCCGCCGGGAACUGAAGAGCUUCUGCCAAGGCAGCCACCUCCGCAGGCAGACCCUCGUUCCAUGCACCACAUCUGUGGACGCUCAGGAAAGCAGUGUGCUCCCUUCAGCAUCUGGGGGUGCACAGAAACACGUGGGGAGCAGAGCACUUGAGGUCACUCAUUCACAAUUAUGCCUACACUGGAAUACUUCUGGGAGCCAGUGGCCAAGGCCACCCUUCCCCGACACUCUCAUGGUGCAACAUGUAAAGACAUAACGACAGGGUGGCUGGGGUGUUCUCUUGUGGUGCAGUGGGUUAAGGAUCCCACGUUGUCACUGCAGUGGCUUGAGUCACUGUUGUGGCGCAGGUUUGAUCCCUGGCUCAGGAACUUCUGUGUGCUGCAAAUGCAGCAAAAAACAAAACAAAGCAAAAAACAAAAACCAAUCAAACAAGAAAGAACAAAGACAGGCGGUUGUAUGAGUUAUCCCCCCAGUGUACACUCCCAAGUGCUCGAGGGAUAGGCUGCUCUCCCCUCUCCCUUUCCCGGCCAUGCCACCAGGCUACCUCACCCACAGCUGCCUGUGCCCAUACAGGAGUAUGCACUGGUGACAUGACCUGCAUUUGCUGUGAAGGGUUUGGGAAAGCUUGUGAUCUUGUAGAGCCUGGCCUGGCAUGGAUUGGCCUCUACCGGUGGGACUGAGCAGGUGAGAGGCUGGAACCGGAGGCAGCCCAUGGCCAGGGGAGGGUUUUCACAGCCACCUCACAGCUUUUGAUUCUUGUACACAGGAGCCUGGUGGAAACGACCUCAGGAAGCCUGCCAUCUGUCACACCCUGAGUUCUUCUAGGCCCAGAGAGGUGGGCUGGGCAGUGGGUUCCAGCUCCAUUUUGUAGCUGGGAGAACUUACUGGCCAGCAGGCUGUGAGGCUGGAUGAGAAAAUGUGUGGAUUUGUAGUUGGGUGCCCUGCUGCCUACAGGUGGUUCUUGGUGAAGCCAGGCUUCCAGAUCCCAUGUCCUGGCCCAGGCUGGUGGUCUCUCGGCCUCUUGUGAGCAGCAGCUGUGGACCAACACGAGAGAAGAGAUGUCCACGACAGAGCUAUAGCAGGAUCCUCCUUGUGGAUUUGUCUCCUGUCAGAGCCCCAAGCCCCUCAAGACAGGGCCAGAGCACCAUGCCUCUGCUUUGGGAUGUGGGGACUGCAGCCUUUGCUUCUAUGUCUGCUGGAGUUUUGGUGACUUUAAGUCAACAGGACAUGUUCACUCAUCAGCCAUAGCAAGUCCCUUUGGUCAGUGGCAUGUACACCAAGAUGUCACCACUUCUCCAGGACCUCUGGCUGGCUGAGGCAAGAUCAGCGAGGCCUUUUCUCUGUGUGUCCAGAGGGCAGCCAGGAGCUCCUGAGCCACAUGUGUUACAAGGACUGGGCUGGGGCAGGGGGAGGUCUGGGGUCCCAGCAGGGCUCUCUCCGGAGCUAUGUCUGCGGGGCAGCAGCCCGCCUGGCUGGCUUCCAGGUUGUAGCCGUGAUGGCUGAUGUGCUCCUGUUGCAGAUGAUUUUCCUGCUCUCUCUGGAAUGGAUGUUGUUGGAUUGCAGCUACACAUCACACACAGCAUUCUUUGCAAUAAAUACGUUUUUAAAAACGAAUAA